ACUUCCACAGGUUUAUUUUUGUCACCCAUCUGACGUCACAGACGUACGUACAAACCCGACCCGCACACAGCCAUGGCCGAGUCCCAGCUCCAGUGCAUGGAGGACGGCCACAUCGGGGCCAAAGUGCCGGAGUCCAGGCCCGAGUUCUACUACAGCGAGGAGCAGCGCGCCGCCGUGGAGGAGCUGCUGAGGAGCGGCGACGGCGCCUUCAAGACGCGCCUCAAGGAGGACAACAUGAAGGACUUCCUGUCCGCCCGAGAGAUCAAACUGGUGGUCGGAACCUUCAGGAAGUACGACCUGGACCCGGAGCCGGAGCGGGACGGCACCGACGCGGACUCGGGGGUCCACUCCACCUACUGGCCCGAGAUGUCGGACACCGAGGUGCCGCCGCUGGACAUCGGGUGGCCCGGCGGGGGGUUGUUUAGAGGGGUCACGCGCGUGGCCGUGCACACGCACCCGCCCAAGGAGAACGGACCCCACAUCAAGGAGGUGGUGCGGCGGCUCAUCCAGGAGGCCAGUAAGGUGAUAGCCAUCGUGAUGGACAUGCUCACAGACGUGCACAUCCUGCAGGACCUGAUGGACGCCGCCUGCCGGCGCUCCGUCCCCGUCUACAUCCUGCUGGACCACCAGGGGGUGCCGCACUUCCUGGAUAUCUGCAGCCGGCUGCAGAUUGGCUCACAGCACCUCCGGAACAUCCGAGCCAGAACGCUGCAGGGAACCGGCUUCGCUUUGUCCUUCGGCAGACUGCCGGGUUCCCUCUGCAAUAAGUACAUGCUGGUGGACGGGGACAAGGUCGUCUUCGGCUCGUACAGUUUCUCCUGGUGUACGUCUCGCAUGGACCGGAACAUGAUCACCGUGAUGUCCGGGCAGGUGGUCGACUUCUACGACCGCGACUUCCGCGAGCUCUACGCCAUCUCCGAGAAGAUGGACCUCUACAAGGAGUUCCACGUCACUACCCCCGCUGCCCACGCCCCAAUGCGCUCCAGAGUGGGGUCCAUCCGCCCGCCGCUACCGGCCACCACGUCCCGCUUCCAGGUCAGCCUCGGGGACUCGCGGAGGGCCAACAUCCAGGUUCCGGCGCACAAGUACCACAACCCCAAAUACUCCCUGGUGUUUGGGGACGUCCAGCGUCCAAUGGGGUCCCUGCAGCAGCUCGGCCCGACCAGAGGGUCGGAUCUGGCCGAGGUUCUCGAGGAGACGGACCCGGGAAGGCCUCCGGGAGCCGGCGGUGAGGAGCUGGACCAAAUGAGUCCGUUGCCCUUAGAAAGACCCGGCGAAAGCUUCAAGAAGAAGAAGUGGGGAUGGACGCAGAAAUUCUCCAGAAGGAGACAGUCCAGUAAGGACAUUCUGGACAGCAUCGCGGCGGCCAGCGAGCAACCUUCACCGACGGCAUCAAAGAGGACGGAUGAGAACGAGGACGACUUGGAGGUGGUCGUGAAAUCUCCACCCAAAUGGAAGAGCAAGAAGAAACCUCAACUGGGCCGCAGGACCAACUCCGAGCAAACGGUCAACACGGCACCGGACAGCGAGAGUGUUAAGGGUCGUCAAGCAAAAGAAUGCAGCGUGUCCUGAGGCGACCACGGAGCGGACUCCCUUCCUCAAGGGAUCCCACAAGGACUUCAUUACACUCCCCUUACAGGGGGACAGUGUCUGCUGCAGUUGGCAUGUCUCUAAUGUCAGCAAAGGCGGUGUCUGAGGACACUCGUCUCCAUGGUGCGGUGCAGAGAUCCAACGAGAUAUUCACUGAUUUGGUCUUACUUGGUGUUUCUUUCUGCAAACUGAGGUCAAAGGCCUAGUUUAACGGAUGCUUUUCAAUGCAGGGCACUGAUUGGUUGAAUGGUGACACCAUUGUGAGGCCUUGGGUUCAUUCAUCUGACUCGUCAAGACAAAAGCCAACCAAAGCUUAGCAAUGUUUACCUGUGUCAUCUCUGUGGUACUCUGGGCUUUUAUAUUUGUGCAAUACUGUUCUACAUAAUCUGUGAGAUAAUUCUGCAACAUUAAUGCCCCAACCUUUAAGUUGUGGGGUCUCUUCUACAGUAUUUUUUAGUAAAUGGCCUCCGAAAAUGAAGUCUGGCGUCUGAAAAUAAACCUAACAUUGUG